GUCAAAAGUGCCAAUUGCUGCACGUGUUACUGCGGAGCCGCUCCUCUAGCUGACCAAUGAACACUUGCCUUCAUUUUCAUCCGGGUUUUGGACAGGGACAAGCAUGGCACCACCUGUGAGGUACUGCAUCCCCGGCGAACGUCUGUGUAACUUGGAGGAAGGCAGCCCCGGGAGCGGCACCUACACCCGGCACGGCUACAUCUUUUCGUCGCUGGCGGGCUGCCUGACGAAGACCAGCGAGAAUGGGGCGCUUCCUGUGGUAUCUGUGAUGAGAGAAACAGAGUCCCAGCUCCUUCCAGAUGUAGGAGCUGUUGUCACCUGUAAGGUCUCUAGCAUCAAUUCACGUUUUGCCAAAGUACACAUCUUGUAUGUGGGGUCCACACCACUAAAAAAUGCUUUUCGAGGAACUAUCCGCAAGGAAGAUAUCCGAGCAACUGAAAAAGACAAGGUUGAAAUUUACAAGAGUUUCCGCCCAGGUGACAUAGUUUUGGCCAAAGUUAUCUCCCUAGGGGAUGCACAGUCCAAUUACCUGCUGACCACUGCUGAAAAUGAGUUAGGGGUGGUGGUAGCCCACAGUGAAUCAGGUGUCCAGAUGGUUCCCAUCAGCUGGUGUGAGAUGCAGUGCCCUAAGACCCACACUAAAGAAUUCCGGAAAGUGGCUAGGGUACAGCCUGAGUUCUUACAAACCUAAGCACACGUCCCCUCAAAGACGGAGCCACCUGUUUCCAAGAGUACCGGUAUGAAAAGAACAUCAAGAUGCCACGGUCUUUAUUAAGGAUUCUACAGUUACCUAGCAACCACCUCUUGAAAAAUCUGCCAGAAAUAAGUUUGUGUUUUAAUGAGCACCCAAGGCCUAUGCAGCUGAGACAGGAAGAUUUUUAGUUCCCAAGUGUGAGUAUAGCCUAGGCUACAUAGUAAGACUCUUUCAACCAAAAUAUAAAACACUAUUCUUGGGAAACAGUGAUUUUUAUUCUCUUGGCUGGUGUUUGCAUUCAGCAAACAAAACCAUGUAAUACUGGAAAUAUCUUAUGCCUUCUUUAUAAAUAUGUAUAUAUGUAUUUGCUAUGACUGGUAAAAAAAAAUGCUUUUCA